UUCAUGUUCCUCUGCUUCACGUUGAUUCACGUUUGAUUGAUUCACUGGGCCGCAUCUUCCGGAUUGUGAUUUUUGACCGGAUUGCCUGACUGCCUGACUGCCUGACCCACUGACCCACUGACCCAUUGGAUCGGCCCCCUGGCGGGACUUGGAUUCGGGCCGGUUGGAACUGACUGGGAUUGUUGGGAUUGUUGGGAUUUGGGAGGCUGCCAGCUAGAGUGUCCGUCAGCUCAGUCGUCCGCUUUCUUCUGGGGGCCAGCAGCAUGUCGCCCACCACGCCCGCGGGUGCCGACGUCCUACCCGGCGAUGAGGUGGCGGGUGCGGAUGCCCCCGGCUCGCGCGUGGACCAGGUCAUCAUUUUAGAUUGCGGUUCGCAGUUCGGCAAGGUCAUCGACCGCAAAUGUCGCGAGCUUCAGGUGCAAACCGUGGUGGCGCCCCUGGAAACCACGUCGGCUUAUCACAUUAAGGAAGCCGGUUAUCGCGCCAUUAUCGUGUCCGGAGGACCAAAAUCCGUGUACGCGGCCGAUGCACCUCGCUACGAUCCCGACCUGUUCCGGAUUGAUUUGCCCGUUCUCGGGAUCUGUUAUGGGAUGCAAAUGAUCAACAAGGAGUUUGGAGGCACUGUCUUAAAGAAAGAUAUUCGAGAGGAUGGCCAGACCGAUAUAGAGAUCGAUUCCAAAUGUUCUCUGUUCAAGGGACUGGAUAAGAAGCAAAAUGUAUUGCUCACGCAUGGAGACAGUUUGGAUAGGGUGGCUGAGAACUACAAGACCAUCGCCACGUCUGGAUCUCUGAUUGCUGCUAUUGCCAACGAGAAGAACAAGAUUUUCGGGGUGCAGUUUCAUCCCGAGGUGGAUUUGACUGACAAUGGCCGAGCAAUGCUGAAGAAUUUCUUGUACGAUGUUUGUGGAUUAAGUGGCAAUUUCACCAUCCAAGAUCGUAAAGAGAAAUGCAUUCAGUACAUCAAAAACAAAGUUGGGCCGCAUAAAGUUUUGAUGUUACUGUCGGGUGGCGUGGACUCGACGGUUUGCGCAGCGUUACUGAAUGAGGCCUUGAAUAAAGACCAAGUGAUUGCCAUCCAUAUCGACAACGGUUUUAUGAGGAAAGGCGAGUCGGAGCAAGUCAAGGAAUCGUUGGAAAAGAUUGGUUUGCCUGUCAUGGUCGAGCAAGCCAGUCUCCGAUUUCUGGACGGUGACACUACGAUUCAGGAGAAAACUGCCGAUGGUUUGGCCACCACACGGAAGACUGAUUUACUAUGCUUUGAGACCGAUCCCGAGAUCAAGCGUCGCAUCAUUGGCGAUACCUUCAUGGAAGUGGCCAAAAAGGUGAUUGCUCGAUUGAACUUGAAAAGCUCCGAGGUGUUCUUAGGCCAGGGCACUCUUCGUCCGGAUCUCAUUGAAUCCGCCUCUGGCUUGGCCUCAGAGAAGGCCGAUCUCAUCAAGACCCAUCACAACGACACGGAUUUGGUGAGGAAGCUUCGUAAUGAGGGCCGUGUGGUCGAACCUCUCACGGAGUUCCACAAGGAUGAGGUUCGAAUCUUGGGCGAGCAACUGGGACUACCCUCUGAAUUGGUUCAUCGGCAUCCUUUCCCUGGUCCUGGCCUCGCCAUUCGAAUCAUUUGUCAAAAAGAACCUCACAUGGAGAAGGACUUCUCUGAAACUCAGGUGCUUUGCAAACUGGUGGUCAAUUAUGGAGAGCUUGUGGAGAAGGAACAUGCUCUCCUUAAUCGAGUGGACAGCAUCACCACCAUUGAGGAACGUGCCAAGUUGGGCGAAAUCUCCAAGAAGCAAAAAUACCUCUCCACACUUCUACCCAUUCGAACCGUGGGUGUGCAAGGUGACGGUCGGACGUACAGCUAUGCCGUGGGUCUCUCGUCCGAGAAGGAGCCCGUGUGGGAGGAUUUGCUCUAUUUUGCGCGUAUCAUUCUGCGUCUGUGUCACAAUGUCAACCGUAUUUGCUACGUUUUCGGCGGACCCGUGGAACACCCCGUCACGGAUAUCACGCCGACAACGCUGACCAACCAUGUGAUUGGGACGCUUCGUCUCGUGGAUUACUUGGCCAACCAGACUCUCUUCAUGAAUCAGGCUGCUAACAAAGUUAGUCAAAUGCCUCUGGUCCUCAUUCCCGUUCAUUUUGACCGGUCAGUGAUCGAACGGACAACUUCCUUCCAAAGGUCGGUGGUGAUUCGCACUUUCAAGACCCAUGAUUUCAUGACCGGGGUGCCCGCGAUCCCGGGCAAGGAUUUGCCUCAAGAGGUGGUCAACAAGAUGGUGGCCGAGAUCCUCACGGUGCCCGGAAUAUCUCGUGUUCUCUACGAUUUGACUUCCAAGCCACCAGGCACCACUGAAUGGGAAUAGAGUCAUUGAUCAUUCAUUCACCCUCUGUCGCAUUUUUGGACGUUAAUUAGUAAAUAUAUCUCGACAUGACCAUCCAAAUGACAUUAAAAAAAAUGAAGCUCUGA